AACAGCUGUUCCUGUGACUGGUGAGAAGUACGGCUGGGUCCCACCAUCUGCAGCAACAGGAUAGUGGCCAUGGCUGCCGAUUCAGAUGUGCUCCAUUUCCAGUUUGAGCAACAAGGGGAUGCUGUGCUGCAGAAGAUGAACCUCUUGCGGCAACAAAACCUCUUUUGUGAUGUGUCGAUCUACAUCAAUGACACCGAGUUUCAGGGGCACAAGGUGAUUUUUGCUGCUUGCUCCACCUUCAUGAGGGACCAGUUUCUGCUCAGCCAGUCCCAGCAAGUACGCAUUACCAUCUUGCAGAGUGCCGAGGUGGGCAGAAAGUUGCUGCUGUCAUGCUACACUGGUGCUCUAGAGGUGAAAAAGAAGGAACUUCUGAAAUAUCUCACAGCUGCAAGUUACUUGCAGAUGGUGCAUAUUGUGGAGAAAUGCACCGAGGCACUAUCGCGGUACCUGGAAAUUGAUGUCUCUGUGGAGGGCAAUAGUAGGAGCCCUGAAAAAUGUCACUCUUCUGACAUGGACCUGGGAGGCAAAGAUGCCAAUCUAGAUAAAGAUUGUGAAAUCAUUGAGAUUUCAGAAGACAGUUCUGUGAAUUUAGAAGAUAAUAUAAAGCAGGAAAAAGGAGAUGUUCAGCAGCAACCCUUGCAAAAUUUAGUACCAGAAAGGAAGGAUGUAAAAAGCCCUGAGAUAUCAACUGUUGAGAUAGAGUACAAGGAUGACGAGAUCUGCAUUUUCCAAAUGGAUUCUAUCAAUGCACCUGGUGUGGAAAAUGAACAGUAUUCACAACCAUCUACCUCCUCUAAAACAAACUUAUAUUUUCCUGAAACUCAGCACUCUUUAAUCAACUCCACUGUUGAGAGCAGAAUUUCAGAAGUGGCCGGGGGUCAGUUUCCAGGCUUCAGGGGUGUGAACCCAGAAGGUGCUGUGAGUGCUGUGGGCGGGUUCCAAAAUCCAGAGGACUCUGGCUAUUCAUGGCGCCACCAGUGUCCAAAAUGCCCCCGGGGGUUCCUCCACCUUGAUAACUAUCUCCGCCAUUUGAAAAUGCACAAACUGUUCUUGUGUUUGCAGUGUGGUAAAACCUUCACACAAAAGAAGAAUCUGAACCGGCACAUCCGAGGGCACAUGGGGAUCCGCCCAUUCCAGUGCAUGGUGUGCCUGAAGACAUUUACUGCCAAAAGCACUCUCCAGGACCACUUGAACAUUCAUAGUGGAGACAGGCCUUACAAGUGCCACUGCUGUGAUAUGGACUUCAAGCACAAAUCUGCCCUCAAGAAGCACCUGACAUCUGUGCACGGAAGGGGCAAUGUGGACAAAGCAGCCUUUGACUCUAUUACUGAAGUCAGAAUAGACUAUGAUUAAUCCACGUGUAGGUAAGGCCAGGCUCCCUGAAAAAUAGUGAGGUCAGCUUCCCACUGAGGCCUCAAUUCAACAAGUUGGCUAGGAAGCUGCAUUCCAGUAUUUCUACAGGUGUUCAUUUCAGGCUUGCAAAUAGGCAUGAGCUUGGUCAACUGCAUUAUGGAUCUCCUUCAAGCUGGGAAGAUGAACAAAAUGUGUCUUGUUCCCUUUUAGACUACACAUUUUUAUUGAGAGAGAGAGAGAAUGCUAUAUAUGUGGGCAAGUAGGGGUAGUAAUUAUUUUGUGGACUCCUACUUUAGCUUUGGGUUCGGUGUUCCACAAAUUCUUGCUAUUCAUUUGCAAGGCUACUUAGUCUUCAGUCCUUAAGAGGGAUGAC